UUCUUUCUGGGGAAGAUUUAAGAAACGCAUUGAGUGCGUGUCUUUAAGAGUCAGAGGCUGUGUGUGUACACACUCACGGACGCAGAAAAAGAAAGAGAGAGAAACACAAACUUUUAGAGAGAGAGAGAGAGAGAGAAAGAAAGAAACAUUGCUUCCCAGAACAUGAUGAUGCUCUACAUACUCUUCUAAAUAGAGUGGGUUAGUGGAACUUAAUCCUUUAAGUGGUUUUGAUCACAUAUUAAAUUCUGGGGCUGUUAGUGUGUUGUAGCAAAUGUCCUUCCGCAGUAUUGUUCGUGAUGUAAAGGAUGGAUUUGGAAGCUUAUCAUGGCGGAGUUCUGAGGUGAGGCUUCCUGGCCACAUGGGCAAGUCACAUAGUUCUGUUCAUGAAUUACAGGAACAGCCGCCAGUGAUACAGAACAGUGAGUGGGCUAAUCUUCCAACUGAGCUUCUUCGCGAGGUUAUUAUAAGAUUGGAAGCAAGUGAGAGUAAAUGGCCUGCUCGUAAACAUGUGGUUGCAUGUGGUGCUGUGUGCAAGUCAUGGAGAGAAAUGUGCAAAGAAAUUGUUAGCAGUCCUGAGUUAAGUGGGAAGAUUACUUUUGCUGUCUCCCUGAAGCAGCCUGGUGCUAGGGAUGGAACCAUGCAGUGUUUCAUCAAGAGAGACAAAUCUAAUCUGACUUACCACCUAUACCUUUGUCUUAGUACUACCUUGCUAAUUGAAAAUGGAAAGUUUCUUCUUUCUGCCAAACGGACCAGAAGAACGACCUGCACAGAGUACAUUAUAUCAAUGGAUGCAGAUAAUAUAUCAAGAUCUAGUAGCACUUACAUUGGAAAACUGAGGUCAAAUUUUCUUGGCACCAAAUUUAUAAUAUAUGAUACACAGCCACCCUAUAACAAUUCUCAGCUGUCUCCUCCAGGCCGCAGCCGCAGGUUUAAUUCAAAGAAGAUUUCUCCAAAGGUCCCUAGUGGCAGCUACAAUAUUUCCCAUAUCAACUAUGAGUUGAAUGUCCUUGGUACUAGGGGCCCACGCAGGAUGCACUGCACCAUGCACUCAAUCCCUACAUCAGCCCUUGAGCCUGGUGGCAUUGUUCCAGGCCAACCGGAGCUCCUUCCACGCACCCUUGAGGAUUCCUUCCGGAGCAUAUCCUUCUCAAGAUCCAUUCACAACUCAACUGAGUUUAGCAGCUCUAGGUUCUCCGACAUAAUCGGCACUGGCAGUGGUGAGGAGGUGAAAGACAGGCCUCUAGUUCUUAAGAACAAAGCACCAAGAUGGCAUGAGCAGCUGCAAUGUUGGUGUCUCAACUUCAAGGGAAGGGUGACUGUUGCCUCUGUCAAGAAUUUUCAGCUGAUUGCUGCAACACAGCCUUCAGGCACUGGUCCUACAUCAUCUCAGCCAGGUCCUACAUCAUCUCAGCCAACACAAUCUGACCAUGACAAGGUUAUUCUUCAGUUUGGUAAGGUUGGCAAGGAUAUGUUCACUAUGGACUAUACAUAUCCACUAUCUGCAUUUCAGGCUUUUGCAAUUUGCUUGACAAGUUUUGACACAAAACUGGCAUGUGAAUAGUGAUCACAAGAGAUAUGGUAAGAAAAUAGGAUUCAAUCAUCAUUUAUGGAUUCACCGGAUGGUGAAGCUGCGUAGAGUCAUUGUACAGCUCAUAGUUUAACUGCAAAGCACAGAACAACCUGUGCUCAAUGCCCCAUUGUAUUUUCUGCAAACUUGUUUCUUUUACCUUCUGACUUCUUUUCUCCUCUCAAUUUAGCAUGCUAUAAACUUGUCAAAAUUAUUUGUUGCUCUUAUGCUUCUUUUGGAAAAGGAGUAGACUUUUUGCUCAUAUA